CGUCGACGUAAGUUUAUAUUAAAAACAUUAUUAAUAAUACAUAUAAACACACUGUCGUUUAUUAUCAGAGCGUAAGACGUGUUCAGAGUGAAUCAGACUAGAUUCUUAGCAGUCAAAGUUCGUAAAUCCAGAAUAUUAGAAAUAAUGUCCUGUUCAGUUCUACUGGAUGAUAACGCCAAGCCGAAGUCCACGAGCCGAGCAAAGCAGUGGACAGGAGAGAUCGAGAACCUGUACAGAUUUCAGCAGGCUGGAUACAGAGAUGAGCUGGAGUACCGACAAGUCAAACAAGCCCAGAUUGACCGUUGGCCGGACACUGGGUUUGUGAAGAAGCUUCAGCGUCGAGAUAACACAUUCUACUACUACAACAGAAAGCGGGAGUGUGAAGAUCGAGAGGUCCAUAAAGUGAAGGUGUACGCGUACUGACAGCUCCUCGACCCUGCCAGCACUUAUGCCAUUUUCUAGUUUUAAGUUUUGUCUUUAGAAAAUGCAUGGUCAGAGUUAUCCUACUGUAUUCUUAAUGUAAGUCUUGGUACAAGUUCUGAAUAAAACAAAUGAUUUAAAUUAAAAAAAAAAACUCACACGAAUGUACCAUUUGGUGUUUCAUAUUUAAAAGGUGAAUAAAUAGGCAACCUUUCAUCUCUUUAAUAAAUUCUACAAAUGUAGGCUGGUACAUUUUUAGUGGUUUGCUCUUUUUAUCUUAGCUAUGCAGCACACAAUUGGAAAUGAGAGACUGUACGGCUCUAGCAGAACAUAAAAAUCUAAAAUUUCACUAAAACGAGUACUUUGGGUUGAGACAGUAAAAUAAUAAAACACAAUAAGACAAUAAAAAGACAAAAAAAACAAAAUAGCUUGUGAAUAUCAAUAUUAAUUCAGGGAAAUACGUUAAUUAUUGAUAAUCAGAAUAUAUGAAAAUAGUGUCCCCUUUUAUUGAGUAUGAUUGUGAAUUUGAGAUUUGUGCCUUCACUAAAUAAAUAAACAUAUAACGGACAUAGACUGUAUAAAAACAGAUAAGCGUGGCCCUUUAAGAGCGCGUCACUUCCGGUUUCAUGUAGCGAGUCGUCAUACUCAUAACUGAUCUUUUGAAGUCAUGCGGAUAAUGCUCCGAUCGGAAAACACCCCCGUGUGAUCAAAAAAAUCCCUCUGUUUGUUAUAUACAGAGCUGAAAACUAGUCUGGAGAUCAUUAUUGUCUUCCAUACUUGGGAUAACUCUUGACACGAGCUGCAUCCAGAAUUUUUGAGACAUUAUCCAUUAUCAUAAUGAAGAUUUGCAUCGGAUUGCAAGGUUACCCAACUGUGACUAUGUCCUGCCUCUGAAUCGCUUGCUGUGAGGAGCAAACCCAACCUAGAGAACAGCGGACAUGCACUGCUGUCCUCCGCUCCACAGGGGGAGCUGCUGGUAGAAGAUAUCAGUAAAAGGGUGUGUGCACUGCUCUGGCCAUGGAUGACUUCACUACACGCACCUAUGGCACCAGCGGCAUGGACAACAGGCCUCUGUUCGGGGAGACAUCUGCCAGGGUAAUGCACGUUAUAUUAUCAGGACCGUGAUUUUGUUAUUGAACAUCAGUUUUGGUUAGAAAAAUGUCACAUUGUAAUUGCAAUAGUAAAACAGAUUGUGUGUUGGAUUGGACAGAACAAUACCUAGAAGGAGUAUUGCA